AUGUCUAAGGAGAAUAAAUGUUCCCGUUUCAAAAAAUCAAAAAAGCAAAUUGACACUCUUAAUGACUUUUACCAAAAGCAAUAAAUCUGGGGAUAAAACACAAUCAAAGAAAUAGCAAACCUUACCAAUUUACCAAAAGAAAAGAUAUAUAAAUGGUAUUGGGAUCAAAACAAGAAGUUCAAGUAGGAGGUGCCCUUAGAUGAUGUUGAAGGAGAGAUCGUAGUCAAAUAGGAUCAAUUGAGUUCGAAAACCCAUGAAAUACUAUUGUGUAGUGGCCUUUAAUUAAAUUAAAGAUUAGAUGAAAAUUUAAAAAAUAGGCUCAUCAAAUUAGCCAGAGAUUUGAUUUUAAUGAAAUGA